CCCCUCCCCUCCCGCCCCCCCUCCGGCGCGGGGAGGGGGAUGCGGACGGGGGAAGAUGGCGGCCUCGAACAACCCGCGGAAAUUCAGCGAGAAGAUCGCUCUGCACAACCAGAAACAGGCGGAAGAGACGGCGGCCUUCGAAGAGGUCAUGAAGGAUCUGAGCCUAACCCGCGCCCACCGGUUACAGCUGCAGAAAACCCAAUAUUUGCAACUGGGACAGAGUCGUGGCCAGUACUACGGCGGGUCACUGCCAAAUGUGAAUCAGAUUGGAAACAGUGCCAUGGAUCUCCCUUUCCAGCACAACGGAGCUCUGGCAGAAGCCUUUGGAGCAGUUCCUGUCUCUUUGACUCCUUUUCAGUCAUCGGGGUUGGACACAAGCCGAACAACUCGGCAUCAUGGUCUGGUGGACAGAGUGUAUCGUGACAGAAACCGUCUUGGCUCCCCACAUCGACGCCCUCUCUCUGUGGAUAAACAUGGAAGACAAGUGGACAGCUGUCCGUAUGGCACUGUGUAUCUGUCGCCUCCAUCAGACACAAGCUGGAGAAGGACAAAUUCUGAUUCUGCCUUGCACCAGAGUACUAUGACUCCAGCUCAACAAGAAUCCUUUUCAGGAGGGUCGCAGGACAUGCAGCAGAAAAGAGUUUUAUUACUGACUGUCCCUGGAAUGGAGGAAACCACCUCUGAGCCAGACAAAACCCUCUCUAAGCAAGGAUGGGACACUAAAAAGACUGGGUCAUCAAGACCUAAAUCAUGUGAAGUUCCAGGAAUCAACAUCUUUCCAUCAGCUGACCAGGAAAACACUACAACACUGAUUCCUGCUACGCAUAACACAGGUGGCUCCCUGCCAGACCUGACAAACAUCCAUUUCCCUUCCCCUCUCCCAACACCGUUAGAUCCUGAGGAAUCCACAUUCCCAGCCCUGAGUAGCUCCAAUAGUACCGGAAAUCUUGCUGCCAAUCUGACUCACUUGGGCAUCAGCACUGCCAAUCAGGGAAUGACGACGACGCCAGCCCCUUCCCAGCAGCACCGUCAGCCAGCCGUCAGUCCUCUCUCAUUGAGUGCAGACUCAAGACGACCACAGUCACAGCAAAUGUCUCCUACGCUUUCCCCUUUGUCACCAAUUACUCAGGCCGUGGCUAUGGAUGCAUUGUCUCUGGAGCAGCAGCUUCCCCCAUAUCCAUUUUUUAGCCAGCCAACUUCCCAGCAACAGCAGCAGACCCAGGUGGCAAGUACCCUGCCUCAGAAUACUCCUUUAAUGCAGACCUCUGGUUUACAGCGAGGAACACAGCUCCCCCCACUCUCCGUCACGGUACCUUCUUCCAUCCCACAGUCACCUCCGGGUAGCCAGAGCCAACCGUCAAUGGGAAUAGACAUCAACUCGGCUUCACUCCAGCAGUACCGCAGUAAUGCUGGAUCCCCAGCCAACCAGUCUCCCACCUCUCCUGUCUCCAAUCAAGGCUUCUCUCCUGGCAGCUCCCCUCAACAUUCUUCCAUUCUGGGGAGUGUAUUUGGUGACUCCUAUUAUGAUCAGCAGAUGACAGCUAGGCAGGCUAAUGCCCUAUCCCAUCAGCUUGAACAGUUUAAUAUGAUAGAAAACGCCAUUAGUUCCAACAGCCUGUACAGCCCUUGUUCCACCCUUAACUACUCCCAGGCAGCCAUGAUGGGACUUACCGGCAGUCAUGGCAGCUUGCAGGACUCACAGCAGCUGAAUUACUCCAGCCAUGGAAACAUCCCCAACAUCAUUCUUACAGUGACAGGAGAGUCUCCUCCCAGCUUAUCAAAAGAACUGACCAGCUCUUUGGCAGGAGUGGGCGACGUCAGCUUUGAUACGGAUUCCCAGUUCCCUCUGGAUGAACUCAAAAUUGACCCUUUAACCUUGGAUGGACUGCACAUGCUGAAUGACCCAGACAUGGUCCUCACUGACCCCGCCACAGAGGACACGUUCAGGAUGGACCGGCUGUGAAGCGUGGACACCAGGAGCGUGGGAACGACGCUUGUUCCUGGAGCCCAGCCGAACUCGAGAGUCCAGUGGGUCAGUCGUGUCAGAACAGGAGUUGCUGAGAGCAGCAGCUCUGUCCUGUACAACAUGUACAAUGAGUAAAGCUUGUCGUUCUAAGCUUGCAGCGCUGCAGACCCCUACUCCCUGUCGCGCCGUAUUUCACCCCUUAUCCGCUCAUUGCCAUUAAUGAGUAAGGAGUUUCCAUCAGCCUUUUCCUCUCCAGAGCCCCCCCCUUCCCCCCACCAAAGCUCCAGCGUUAAGUUGUCAGUUUAUCCUUUGCACUAGAAAGGGGGUGGUUUUGGGCAGGCGAGGAAGGUUCAGAGCCAAGGGUAAAGAGAUUCUUUCUAAUGUACCAAAUCGUUGGCUGCUGUUUGAGAUGGGGAGGGGGAAGCGCCGACUAUGCCCCCCCCUUCUCUCCCCCCACUGAUUCAAAAGCAAAUCUCUGCAUUGCCACCCUCUGGGAGGGGCUGGGGGAGCUUCGGCGGUUUUGACUCUGCUUUGUGACAGCUGCUUCGUAGAGUAAAACGCUUCUUCCUUUAUCGAUAUGCCAUGUUUGUUUUCAGGUUUGUUUCCUUGACUGUCGUCCUGCACCCACUGCCUCUUCUCAUGCCCUGAGCAAACUCGCGUACUUGGCAAAGCGGAAAAGAGCCCGGCAGCCCAAUGGCCUUUUGUAGCCGGCUAGUCAAAAAAGGCGACUGUAAACACUAUUUUCAAAGCUUUUUUUUUUUUUUAAAUAUAUAUGUAAUAUAUAUAUUUAUAUAUAUAUGUAUACAUAUAUAUAGCGCAUUUCUGAGCACACAAAAAAGUACUAUAAUUCAUUACUUGAUUAGCACAGAGGAAGGAUCAGAACAUUUUAAAGCAGCUAAAAGAAUAUAGGAGACUAACUUGCAGAGCAUAUUUCUAAUGUUACUUUGAGAGAUUCCUGGGCAACAGGAAGGGCAUUUCUAUAGCAAUGCCUGGCUCAAAUCAUGAUGACUUUUUUUAUUUUUUAUUCUUAUUCAUUACUUAUUCUGUUACCAUUAUUUAUGAUCUUUUUGGUUUUUUUAUUUAAGUAUUUGGAUAUUAGGAAAGUAUCUAAACUACAUACAGCCAGUUGAAGCACUCUACAUAAUACUUGUACAGUACAUCUUUUUUGUGUUUUUAUUCCAGAAAUAUAUUAUAUAUAUUAUAUAUAUAUAGGUAUUUUUAACUAACUGGAAUUUUAAACAGAUGUUGAGCAGAAGUAAGGAAGCCUAAGGCAAGUCUAGAUGUUUUCCUUUUAUACAGUCGAAAUAGGGUGGCAGGAACUUAGACAUUCCUUCUUUCACCCUGGGGAAAAAAUAGCUUGCUCCACAGUGAAUAGUACUGUAUCCUCGAACAGGUUGAGAUUCUGUUAAAUUUGUAAUAGACUAUUUCUGUUAGUCCUUGUUAAUAUUCAGUGCUGCAGUAUAACAGACUGAUGAAUGACACUUUAUCAAUGACAGAUUAAAAAAAAACCCCAGACCACCCAUUGACUCCAAAUUGGUGCUUUCACUUAAAUGUCAUGGCUGAGUUGAUGGUGAUUCCCAGAUCUCUGCACUUGGGAUUCUUAUCAAAUUUGGAAAAAGCAUUUUAAGAUUUUAUCGAGAGCCCGACAGGCUUAUAGUAAUUGCCAAGGGCACUGUUAAAACGUUGUCUUUGUUACACUAUAAUCUGCACAGUAACAAAAUGUGUAAGUACAGGACCCUUCUCUUCAGUAGAAGUUACAAAUUAACAUUAUUUUGAGUCUUAUUAACAAAUUAAAAAUUACGUUGCGCCUAACACCCUGAAUGUGAGAUGAACGAAUACCUGCUAGAGGAAAGCACUUCCAUGCAGUAGGGGUUGAACAUCCACAUCUAUUUUUGUUAAAUACAGCCUCAAUAAAAGAGCCAUUUUAGUUUUCAUUUCA